UUUCCCGACAUGUUUCACGGUGGAUUCAACCUCUCGGCGGACUGGUUGCGAAAAUGACUGUGGGCCCUUAUGACCCACCAUCCACAUUCUCUCCGCAACGGCUGUUUUGUCCGUCAUCGAUGCUGCGUGUGCUGUGUUUGGGUGCUUGAGUUUUCCGAGUCGAUGUCGUAGAUAUAUAACUGGGUCCCUCCCCAUGGUAGGCCCUCCACAGCUCCGCAAGCAUUGCUUUUUAUCCCGGAUCCCUUUGAGACGAUCUGUUUUCGUGUACUGCUUGACAACACCGGAAAGAUGACUGUUUCAACAAACUCAGAAGGUGUUCCCACCUACUGGGGUACCUCUGGUAGAGGUCUCCAGAUGCUCAUUACCGCCGUCGCUACUACCGAUUUCCUGCUCUUUGGUUAUGAUCAGGGCGUCAUGUCUGGUAUCAUCGAAUCUGACGUUUUCCUCGAGGAGUUCCCUGAAGCUGGCUGGGGCAGUAACUGGCAAGGCUUCAUUGUCUCAAUCUACGCUGUCGGCUGUCUAUUCGGUGCUAUCUUCAUUCUCACGCUUGGCGACAAACUCGGUCGCCGCAAGUCUAUCUACAUUGGUGCUACGGUCAUGAUCAUCGGUGUCGUUAUUCAGGUUGCCUGUAUUGGCACGAGCUCAGGAAGUACCGCACAAUUCAUCAUUGGACGUUUCAUCACUGGUCUCGGAAACGGUAUCAACACAUCGACAAUCCCUACUUACCAAGCCGAGUGCUCCAAAGCCCACAACAGAGGCAAGGUCAUCUGCAUUGAGGGUGGCAACGUCGCUAUCGGCACGCUCAUCGCUUACUGGAUCGACUACGGAUGCAGCUAUGGUCCUAAGGACCUCGUAUGGCGCUUCCCUAUCGCUUUCCAGUGUGUGUUCGCCCUGAUCGUCCUCGGCCUUACUACAAGACUUCCCGAAUCUCCCAGAUGGUUACUCUCGCACGAUCGACAAGAUGAAGCUGCGGUCGUCCUAGCAUCGCUGCAAGGUAAGCCUGUCGAUGAUGCCGACGUCAAGCUUGAGAGCGGUAUCAUCCUCGACUCCAUCAAGGCUGCUGGCGGCUUCGGCGAGUCCACUCCUUUCUCCGCCCUUCUCACUGGUGGCAAGACCCAGCAUCUUCGUCGCAUGUUGCUCGGUGCCGGUUCCCAAUUCAUGCAGCAACUCUCUGGUUGCAACGCUGUCAUCUACUACUUCCCUGUUCUGUUCCGCGACUCCAUUGGUACAUCGAAGAACUUGUCGCUUUUGCUCGGUGGAAUCAACAUGGUUGUCUACUCUAUCUUCGCCACAACCUCCUGGUUCCUCGUUGAGCGUGUUGGGCGCCGCAAGCUUUUCCUUUACGGCACUGUCGGUCAAUGUCUGUCCAUGGUCUUGGUCUUCGCUUGUCUGAUCCCUGGUGAUGCCCAAUCUGCCAAGGGUGCUGCUGUUGGUCUCUUCACCUACAUCGCAUUCUUCGGUGCCACCUGGUUGCCUCUGCCCUGGUUGUACCCCGCCGAGAUCAACCCUCUCAAGACUCGUGCAAAGGCCAACGCUACCUCCACCGUUUCCAACUGGGCAUGGAACUUCUUCAUUGUCAUGAUCACCCCCGUUCUCAUCGAAAGCAUUGGUUGGGGUACUUACCUCUUCUUCGCUGCCCUCAACGCCCUCUUCUUCCCCGUCAUCUACUUCUUCUACCCUGAGACCAGCGGACGUUCUCUCGAAGAGAUUGAUCUCAUCUUUGCCAAGGGUUACCUCGAGAAGAUGUCCUACGUUACCGCCGCCAAGGAGCUUCCUCACCUUACCGGUCCCGAGAUCGAUGCAAAGGCCCGCGAGUACGGCUUCCAGUCUUCCGACGACGAGGCUGGCCAGCUCAAGGACGCUCGCUUCGGCGAGAAGGAGGACGAGAUGGCUUACAACGGCGGUGGCCAGAUGGCCUAAGCAGAUCGAGAGGCACCUACGACUCUCCUUCUCCACUUUUUAAUGACCCUUGUGUGUUUUUAACGACCACUAGAUGCGCAACAUAGAGAAGCCUGGCAGCUUCUGCUUUUGGUUUGUUUGUGCAAAACCCAUAGAGAUACCACUUUUUGCCUUUUUUUACAUUUGUUUAUUAGAGAUAGACUCUUACAUAUGAUACCACGCACAGAAUGCAUAGAACUGCUAUUUUACCAUCAUCUUUC